AUGCGACGAUCUCCCCUGUUAGCCCUGUUGGCGCUGAUCCCUUACACAUACACAAAAGUCAUUCCCAUUCCUCGCUCCGCACUGCUCAAGGGGAGGGAAUAUUGGACAGAUGUAACUCUAUCACCGUCGCUGACAAGCGCAUUGAGUUCGACCAGCGCAACGACAUCCUCAAGGAGUGCACCGACUACACAAUCUGGGUCUCCUUACCAGUACAUUGAUCCAAAUGACUACGAUGCAGAUGAAUAUGCCGACGACGUACUGCUCUUUAUGCAGGACGAACUCUAUUCACUGCUUCCGGAUUCUGGGAUCGAGUUCGAUUGUCCCGACAAUUUCUUCACGAUGUAUUUCGACGAGACUGUCACCAUCAAUGGAACUCUUCAAGAAUGGGGCGAACUGUUCGAAUCAGGCAUUAUGAUUAUCCCUAAUAAUUGGACUUCUUACUGCGGCGAUGUGUCCGACUGGACGCUUUAUGGGUAUAGUAGCCCUGAUGUUACUUUCGACAACAGCCAGGAAGAGGCAGAAUACUACGACAGCAUCAGUGACCCCGAUGUCCAAUAUGUCAUUGUGGUCCUGCAUGAUCUUGUCGAUGUCAACUGGCUCAAUAGAUCCAUAACCUUCGAGGCCUAUGCAGACGACUUUCGAGCCAUCAUCGGUGCGCUCACGACGGCCCCGGAGGAAUACGAUUAUUUCACACCGGGACCUAUAGGAAACUCAACAGAUGACGACAACAUCGACUUCUUCGAUACCAGCGUGCAGCGUCGGGAUCUCUCCAGUUCGCACGUGCUGUCCAAGAGAGCAGGGGUGGGCGAUCUUGUGAAGGUGGCCAAGGCUUUGCCCUCUUGGGGUAAAGUGACCACGGAGGUGAUGAAAAAUACAGUUCUAGUCAUCGACCAGGGCAUGCGAAUCAGUCAUAUCACUGAUGUGCAGAAAGGCUCACUCGAGAAACCGUUCACGAACCAGGAUGUGACGAUCGAUCUGGACCUUUCUAAACUCCCUCAAUACCCCGGUUGGGAAGGAUUUACCUACAAGCUGUACCAGUUUUACUAUGAGGGCAAGUACUGGGUUGAGAUCUGGCGAACUGCUGUUUCAGGGGGUAAUCAGCAGAUUUCGUCCUCGGUAGCCACAGGCUCAGGGACAUCCUCUCUGCCUUCAUCAACCUCCUCCAGCACAUCAACCACGUCCUCGUUCAGCGCAAGCGUUCCGGUCUGUACGUGGAGGCCCAACAAAGAGCCGCGGGAUAAACCUGAUGCUGGAGUGUGGUGGAAAAACCUCUUCAAAAUAGAUGCUGAGAAACUCAUCACCACAGGAAACACAGGAAACUUACCCUUCCCGCUACGGAUAGACAAUAUUCCUGGCGUUAUAAAGGCCGUGGAAGAAGCCCAGUCCGCAAUAUCGAGUGUCCAGCAGGUUUUGAAACGAUUCACAAUCCUCACGAGCUCAUCGACCACCGCAGCCAUAACUGUCGUCUCAACCACGACAGUAACCGCCCAAACCACCCCAAGCUCAGUGGUCACGACGACAAGCCUAACCACAAAUGCAGUGUUGGCUGGGAGAACUGCCGCCGUGUCUACACCGCAUCCCACACAGGUUCUGGCAGUGCGGCAAGACGGUGGUGAGAGCAUCUACAAGAAUUGCGAACUCUCCAUUCUCGACUGGGACAUCCAGUUUAUAUUCGGAAACACAUCAGUCACGGUGAUUCCACCGACGAUCUCGUUGCACAAUUACGCACUGAAGAACAGGGCCUCUAUCCAAGUUAGCUGCAGAGAUCCGCUUCUGCCGUCUAUGGAGGCGUAUCGUCUUCGCAUCACCAGCGUACCCAUCGGCGGGUGCGCAACUCAGCAAGGAGAGUUCGAGAUCGACGCGUUCUUCACCCUCUUCCUCAGUUCGGUCUUCUCUUCGGGUUCCAACGGAUCCAUCACGAUCGACUACUCCUACACGUGGGAUCCCAUUGAUUUUCAGCUUGAAUUACUCGGCGGAGGACCCAACGACACGAUCCAGCUUAACGCGACGAAGCUCGGCAUCGGUCUCCCGUCCAGCGCCGGUUUAAAUUUUGACUAUCUGAGAGCCACAGCCUCGUUCCCCAAUAUCGAGAUGGGAUUUGCCCUCUCUCCGGCAAUUCAGGUUGAUGUGACAACCCCGUUCUUGAAUUACACGCGUGGCAUAAUGUUGGGCCCGGCGAUAAAUCUGCUGUCGAACGGCACCUUCAGCAUUGGUCGCGGGUCGAGGAGCGCAAAUGCCUCCUCGGCUUCGGCAACUCCCACGUCUUCGGCUACUCAGAGCGGCAGCACGAACAUCAUCUCGGACGACAGCGACUUUGCCAACUCAACAGACAUGGUGAACUUGGCCGCUCCCUCAGCAGGAGGUCUCUUGGGUGGAACCAUCAUUGAGGGAACCGGUGCUAGAGUCCUCACUGGCAUGAGCUGGGGACUCAUGUGGACAGACUACACUUAUCAGAAGCUGCGAGGCCCACUGGACGACGUGUUUAAGAUUCCACGCUCGAAGUCCAAGGUAGGAUGGUUAUACGGGCCAUUCAAAUUCUGGUCUCGCGACCCAUAUUGA